AUGAGUUCGCCCACGCUGCAGGCGGACAACAUGAAGGCCUUUGCGACGGGAGGGAUGCCUCGCCCUCCUCCGCCGGGAGUGGACCUCGACCGGCUCGCCGCCAAGCAGGCGAAUAUGAUGUCGCAGCUGACGAGCGCGCAGGCGGCGGUGACGGCGACGCCCUUCAGCGGGGAGGAGGCGGCCUUUGAGAGCGAGGUGGUGCGGGCGGAGUACGAGAAGCUCUGCCGCGACCACGCGGCGCUGGUCCAGAUGGGCGAGAGCUACGGCGGAUACGAUCCACUCGGCAAGAUCGCCUUCCUCGACGCGCUCGAGGCGGUGGAGGAGCGGUGGGACACCUUCUUCGCCCGCUUCUCGCUGAUGGGCGCGCUCAACCGCGAGUUUGUGGAGCAGACGGACGGCUUCCUCGGCUCGAUGGGCAUGAGCGCGGCCGACUUCAGGGGGGUGCUGCGCGAAGCGCACGACCUCAUGCGGAGGGAUGCGGAGGUCGAGCGCGGGGCGGCAGUGUGA